AGCAGCCAAAUUCAACGAAUUUUCAACCUUUCUUUUACCAUCCAUUGUAGUAAUUUGUAUGUUACUUUGCUCUUUUAUGUACCUUUUAAUCUCUAGACAUUAUAAUGUUUGGUCAUUUUCAGCUUCUAUGUGUCCAUCUGCUUCCUCCAAUUUAAGUAUUUGACACUACUAUAUGUUUAUAUAACCACUUUCUCUUCUUUGUAGAGUCAUAAUCUCCCAACCUUAACCUUCACUUCAUUUCCUCAAAAACUACUCAUCAUAUAUCCUAUAAGGCUAUAACUCCCCCAUCUCUAUUACAAAUUACAAUGGCUUCACAAUCAUCUACAACCACCCGCCUGCAACCGCCUUCUUGGCUCUCCGAAAGCAAACCUAACACCCUCCGCGAGGCCUCAUUUUCUUCCUAUCUCAACACCUCUGAAGAAACCUACAUUAGUAGCCUCAUCGACUCGAGCCAUAACCAUUUUGUUUCCAACCAAAAACAGCAGUUUGAUAAUCUUAUCCAUGCUCCUAACUCUAGGCCAAAGAAAGCAGAAAAUGGAGAAAUUGAUGUGUUCAGUGCUGAUAAGUACUUCAGCAGUGGAAUUCUAGAUCAGGAGUAUAAUAGUAUUAACUCAACAAAGUCAUCAAGAAGUGAUACUGGUAGUACUGCAAAAUUUCAUCAACAUUUAAAACAUGGUACUGAAGUUGUUCAGAGGCAGGUUAACCCGAAAUUCCAGUCUCGAACUCCUAGCAUCAGUCAGUCAGAGCGUAGCUUGAAUAGCCAGAGUGCAUUGUUGAGACGUGUUCACAGCACCAACAGCAAAGCACAGCAGCAGCAGCAGCAGGGCAGUGGCAUGAUAUCGUUCCUGUCAUGCUACUGUUGUGUCAAGAAGUCAGUUGAUAUUGAUCAAGAUGAGUUCAAUAAUAAUGGUAAAGGGUUCACAAGAUCAAUCAAAACAAACCUCAAUACAGCCGUGAUCACACGAAUAAACAAGCUUCGUGUUGAUCAUAAAGACUCGUUUGUGUUUCCAGAUGUGAUGAACAAGGUUGAACUGAUGGAUGAUGUUCAAGAAUAUCAAGAUCAGGAAUCAAGGCAGUCACUAGAUGUGUUUGGGUCUAGUGAGUUAGAUGAUGGAAGUAAGAGGUUUAGCUUAGCAAAGAGGCUAAAUAUGCUGUCUUGGGAUGCUAUCCCAACAACAACUGAACAGAUUAAUAACACAUCAGGAGCACCUAGUGAGACAUGUAAGGAUACUGAAAGUGAUGCUAGCUCUGACUUGUUUGAAAUCGAGUGUCUUUCGUGCACUGCUAACCCGGUUAUUCAAGGGCCUGGACUGCUCUCUGAUGGCUGUUCUACCCCUACAACAGGAUAUGCACCUAGCGAGGCUAGCAUCGACUGGAGUGUUGUAACUGCUAGUGCUGCUGAUUUCUCUAUUGCUUCUGAUUCUGAGGAUCAAAGAUCAAGUGGAUUACCCUUAGGAACUCGCCUUAAAUUAGCCUCGAAAGGGUCUUCUGCUAAGAUUUUUACCAAUAAGGAGGUUCAGAAACCAGUGUCAAGCCUUCUUUUAGGGUGUAAGAGUCAGAAAGCUGUGAAUGUAGCUCGGGAGGUUCAUCGGAGAAGUCCUACUAAGGGGAAAUCUCAGAGUCAGAGGAUGCAGGGGGUCUCGGAUUCGUUUGCUCCUGUUACAAGGUUCCAAGCAGAAGCUAAGUUGGCUGGAUUUAGCCAUAGACAGAAACAAAACUUAAGUCCUGAUCUAUUGUACAUUCAGUAAUCAAUAGCUUUGUUUUUGCAUGUUUGUUGGGUGUGUUCUCUUCACCUUAACUUAGCUUCACAAAUUUUAUUGCACCUAGUUAGCCCUGAUAUCGCCUUAUGUUUAUACCUGAUUGGAGCUAAUUAGCCAUGAAACUCAUUUUUCAAGGUGAAUAGAACGCACCCUUUAAUUGUUAUUGCUGUUUGAGUCUAUAUACGUCAUGUAUAAAUACCUUGUUAAAUAAACCAUGAAUUAUUAAUCUUCCUUUGA